AGUGCCGCAGGUUGUAAGCGAUUCUGCUGACUGUUGCCUCAGUCUUUCCUGCUCUUCCCGUUGACACUGCAUCGUCUUCGGUCUUCCCUUCAGUGAGAGCGUGAUUGCCUCAUUUUCUCCGCUCCCUCGCCCUCUCUCUCUCUCUCUCCCCAAUUUUCGCCAUUAACGGUCCCUGGCCUCAACCCCACGUGUCCCCUUCUCGAUAGCAGCGACACCCUCGCCUUGUUCUCUUUCACCUUCGAGGUCAAUCCCACCUCCCAUUUUUGUCCACAUCACUUCCCGGCUUGUCAUCUUGUCCCCCCCAUUCAAAAUCACAGACCCUUUACUCUCCUUUCCCCUGUCACUCUCUCUGUCUGUCUCAGUCUCAGCUCCACCAGCGUCUCCUGCUCCAAUAUCUCCAAACCCAGUAGGAAAUGGAGCUAUAAAGGAGCAAACUUGAACCCAUUUUUGUUCUGUUUUGUGGGGAUUUUUCGCUUUGGGUUUGAGUCGAUGAGUGUGCUGAGAGGGGGAGUGUUGAGAGCUUUUGAUUUCUGAAGCUCGCCUCUGCAUUGCUGGUAAGAUGUUCAGUUUCUUGUUGAAGAAAAAUGUGAGGAAGAUUCUGAAGCGCAAGGACAGCGAUGCUGGCGAAAGAGGAAGGGCAUUGGAGGACCUGAGAGCCUCUCUAUAUAACGAGUUUCAGUCACCUGAGGGGGCAAAGCGCCAGCAGCAGAGAAUAUGCCGCCCUGUCGUUGCUCUAACCUUCAAUUUCUUUGUUGCUGUCGGAAUUAUAUUCACGAACAAACUGGUUCUCAAAAAUGUCGGGUUCCACUUCCCUAUUUUCCUAACAUUCAUUCACUAUGUAAUAAGCUGGUUCUUGAUGGCCAUUCUCAAGUUAUUCUCAGUCCUUCCCGCAUCCCCUCCUGCAAAGUCAAGCCGCUUUUCUUCUCUACUCACUCUCGGCAUUGUGAUGUCUCUAUCUACAGGCCUCGCUAAUGUUAGCUUGAAGUACAAUAGCAUCGGUUUUUAUCAGAUGUCCAAAAUUGCGGUGACCCCAUCAAUUGUUCUAGCAGAAUUCAUUUUCUAUGACAAAAGGGUUUCUUUCUUGAAGGUGCUUGCUCUCACAGUGGUGUCCAUCGGUGUUGCUGUAGCUACAGUUACCGAUUUGCAAUUUCACUUCUUUGGUGCUUGUGUAGCGUUUGCAUGGAUAAUCCCAAGCGCUGUCAACAAAAUCCUCUGGUCCCGACUCCAACAGCAGGAGAACUGGACUGCCUUAGCGUUAAUGUGGAAGACGACUCCUAUAACCUUGUUCUUUCUUGUGAUUUUGAUACCUUGGCUCGAUCCUCCUGGCGCUUUGUCAUUCCACUGGACCUUCAGUAACACCUCAGCAAUCCUGGCGUCGGCUUUUUUAGGUUUCUUGCUGCAAUGGUCGGGUGCUCUGGCCCUUGGAGCAACUUCAGCAAUCACCCAUGUUGUGCUUGGGCAAUUCAAGACCUGCGUGAUUCUCCUAGGGAAUUAUUACAUAUUUGGGUCGAAUCCCGGUCAGACGAGCAUCUGUGGGGCCUUUGCUGCUAUUGCGGGAAUGUCCUUUUACACUUACCUAAAUUUGCUGAAUCAGAAGCAAAAUCCAAGCAAAACCACAACUUCUCGUCAAAGCUCCCUGCCAAAAUCUAAGCUUGGCAGAGAAAACGGCAAUGCCCAUGAAGGCAGUUACGGGUCCGAUGCUGUCUAGGAGAACAUCUUACUUUUCUUCGUUUGAAGGGGACACUGUCGUAGUAGAUGAUAAAUGGGACGGGAUACACUCAUCACUGACCCAGUUCUUUCUUCAUUUUUUUCUUUUGCUGUUUUCAUUGUCUUUAAUUUAUUUAUUCGUCUUUAAUUUUCUUUUGGUUCAAAUUGAGGUUGAUUUUUAACUCAGCCUUCUGCUAAUGUGUUGUGUAGCCAAGGUGCCCGGUAGUGUCUGCCUGGCUGAAUACGUCGGUCCUCAUUAUCUCCCACUUUAUUAUGUAUAUAUGACAGAUAGUAGGAUUCUCUGUCAAGAUUCAGCUUUUGUAAUACUUUUCCUGCGUUAUCGCACUACCCUCGAGUUUCAGUUUCUA